GCAGGUUUGGUCUGACCUGAUGUUAGAUUGUGCUGAAUGUUAUCUCGCCUGUCCUCUCUCUCUCUCUCUCUCUCUCUCUCUCUCUCUCUCUCUCUUAUAAUAUUCAGCCGGAGGACAGGUGCGUGCUUAAGACGUGAUGUAGCGUUGACCGCAUCACCGUUUACACGAAUGGGGGAAAAUCCAUGGAGACCGUUCACCGGUUCACUGCGACUCAACCGGGGACAAAUCAUAUCAAGGAGUCCAAACAGGUACCACGAGAGAGACAUCCCUGGACGGACAGUAUCACCCGGGAUUGUGGACUACUCUGUAUUGACAUGGACUGUAUAACUUAGGUGUCGCUUCGAGGCGUGCCGCUAAUUGCGCUUCACAUCGGGUCAUGUUGUCUGCGAUCAACACGUUGUCUCAGAGCGAGGCUUGGACAGGUCACUGGUUCACUCCAUCCAUAAUUUAGGAUGACGCCUCUUGGUCAAACCUGCUCGGUAUCCUCCCUGACUUCAAACACUACAUCAGCAGACUGAGCACUCCUCAGCACUGUUUUGGCUGCCAGGCUGACCUCCCAGGAAGGUGAUGCGACGGUUUGUCUACUGCAAGGUGGUGUUGACCACCUCUUUAGUGUGGGUGCUGGUGGACGUGUUCUUGCUGCUCUACUUCAGCGAGUGUAACAAAUGUGAUGAUAGGAAAGACCGCUCGCUGCUCCCUGCCCUCCGAGCGGCGAUAUCUCGGAGCCACGAAGGUCCCGGGGAGAUGGGCAAGGCGGUGAACAUCCCCAAGGACGACCAGGAGAAAAUGAAGGAGCUCUUUAAGAUUAACCAGUUCAAUCUGAUGGCCAGUGACAUGAUUGCGCUCAACAGGAGUCUGCCAGAUGUCAGGUUGGAUGGCUGUAAGACCAAGGUGUAUCCAGACGAUCUGCCAAACACCAGCAUUGUCAUCGUGUUUCACAACGAGGCGUGGAGCACCCUGUUGCGGACAGUUCACAGUGUCAUCAACCGCUCUCCCAGACACUUGCUUGUGGAGAUCCUGCUGGUGGACGAUGCCAGCGAGCGAGACUUCCUGAAGAAGAAGCUGGAGAACUAUGUGCGAACUCUAGAGGUUCCCGUGAGGAUCCUGAGGAUGGAGCAGCGUUCAGGUCUAAUCAGAGCCAGGUUGAGGGGUGCCGCUGCUACUAAAGGCCAGGUCAUCACCUUCCUGGACGCUCACUGCGAGUGUACCGUCGGCUGGCUCGAGCCCCUGCUGGCACGCAUCAAAGAGGACAGGACGGCAGUAGUGUGCCCUAUCAUCGACGUCAUCAGCGACGAGACGUUUGAAUACAUGGCCGGCUCAGAUAUGACUUACGGUGGAUUCAACUGGAAGCUGAAUUUCCGCUGGUACCCUGUUCCCCAGCGGGAGAUGGAUCGACGCAAGGGGGACAGAACGCUUCCUGUCAGGACUCCCACCAUGGCAGGAGGAUUAUUCUCUAUAGACAAAACAUACUUUGAGGAAAUAGGAAGCUACGAUCCAGGGAUGGAUAUCUGGGGUGGAGAGAACCUGGAAAUGUCUUUCAGAAUCUGGCAGUGCGGCGGCGUGUUGGAAAUUGUAACAUGCUCACACGUGGGCCAUGUUUUCCGGAAGGCCACCCCAUACAGCUUCCCUGGAGGAACGGGCCAAGUAAUCAACAAGAACAACAGGCGCCUGGCUGAAGUCUGGAUGGAUGAUUUCAAAGAAUUCUUCUAUAUCAUAUCGCCAGGUGUGAUGCGGGUCGACUACGGCGACGUUUCUUCCCGCAAAGCUCUCCGGGAGGCCUUGCAGUGCAAACCGUUUUCCUGGUAUCUAGAGAAUGUUUACCCAGACUCCCAGAUCCCAAGAAGAUACUACUCACUUGGUGAAAUCAGAAAUGUUGAGACCAACCAGUGUGUGGACAACAUGGGAAGAAAGGAGAACGAGAAAGUUGGAUUUUUCAACUGUCACGGCAUGGGUGGAAACCAGGUGUUCACAUACACAGCGGAUAAAGAAAUUAGGACAGAUGACCUCUGUCUGGACGUCUCCCGCCUCAACGGACCCGUCGUCAUGCUCAAGUGUCACCACAUGAAGGGCAAUCAGAUGUUUGAGUACGAUGCGGAGCGACUCACGCUGCUGCACGUGAACAGCAACCAGUGUUUGGACAUGCCGUCUGAGGAGGACAAGAUGGUGCCCACCCUGAGAGACUGCAAUAACAGCCGCUCUCAGCAGUGGCUGCUACGUAACAUGACCCUGAGCGUCUGAUCCCUCACCUCGCCCUCUCUCUCUCUCUCUCUCUGCCCCUACCACUCUCAUCCUAAUCAAUCCUGGCUCUACACACCCUCACCAGGUUGCUCUUACCACGCACAUCAUACGCUCUCUUUCUGUGUCAGGCUGGGCAGCGAAUGCAGAGAUCCAGGCAUCAACAGCAGUUUAUAUUCCAUUAUGGAGGCAUCUCCUUUUUUACAGUUUGCCACAGGUGUAGAGAGGCUGCACCAGCCGUUCAGGCGACAUGACAAGGUGUUGCAUGGGGGACCAUGUCAUGUUCAGACACGGAGAACUAUGUGUGAAGUCUGUGCAUGGACAACAUUGAAAUCGAAGCACCCGCCCGUCAGCUGGCUGCGAUCCCUGCCUCCGCUGUGCUGCUCGAACUGCUGCUUAGCUGCUGGAAAAAAAACAAUUAAUCAGAAGACCACUUACGAAGAGAAUAUUGUAAAGCACGUCUGUGAUGGUCUGCAUUGUAAUUGACCUUCUUUGUGCUGUGAGCAGUACAUGCAGUGCAGACUUUUUUAUGACCGCUGCUCAUCCUCUUUCGAUAUCAGUGUCUGAGUAACAUUCAGAUAACAGGUGAUGUUGUUAAUAGAGCCCGACCAAUACCGGAUUUUUGAAGCAGUUACCGACUUUGAUAUUUGCGAGUUAAAGAAUCUCAUAAACAUCAUCCAAUCUAUAAUGAUACUACAGCUUUUGUUUAUUAUUUUUUUUAUUUUGCUUUUCAUCUUUUAAGAGGAUUUAACGCUCUGUGUCGCACUGUUAACGUCUGAGCUACGCUGCUGACUGAGGAACAUCAUACUGUAUGUCCUAUGAACGUUACAAUGCAAUCAACACAAAUUUUCCCUUUUUAACAAGCCCACAGCCUGACUUAAGCCACCUGUCCCUUUUUACAACAUUCAACAUGUGGACGUAACGUUGGAACUCAUUCCCAUUAACUAGCAUCAGCUGUCUCCUUUUCACUGGUCCAGUUGUGAAGCUAGAAAAUGGCCAGAUUGCCAAACCCCACAGCAAUGAGUAUUUCACAGCACUCUGUCUACACUGAGAUUAGAAUGACGUGGACUAACCAAGACUAAGGAAGCAUGCUGGCUACACAGAUGUUGUACAAAUCAAACUACCAGUACUCCUCCAGGGAAGACUAAAGUACAGUAGGGGGCGCUAACAAUGCAGAAAAAUGAAUAAAACAAAAAAUAUAUCCUUUUUGGUAAUUAGAAACCAAAUAAAUACACAAGUUAAAACAAACACAAAGGAUAUAUAUACAGAUUUUUUAGGAAAACUUCCUAUUUCAGUUUGAUUUUAAGAUUUAAAAAAAAAUGUAUAAGGAUCUCUUAAAUUUGGACAAACAGUGAAACGCAGACACGAAUUUUAAAUAAUCUCAAACAUAUCUUUGCCAUUUAUAAACAGCAGUUUCUGUAACAUUCAGAAAACGUAAAUUACAAUCAUACCGGCUAUCUCUCACGUUCCUAUUGGCUCCAUGAUAGUAACCAGCUGCCAACACCUUGAAGCAACCAACACCAAACCAAAGAUUUUCAAUAGAUGAUAACAUUACAAUCUCCGCCUCCUCACCCCGAUCUCCAAACACUUCCUCAUUUGGAAGUGUUGUGAAAGCAGAUUGCGUUGUGCCAGAGACGGUUCAGAAAGUUAUUAAAUUUUUCAUUUAGGUGUUAUACUUCAUUUUUGGUGGGACAAGACCGACAAUUCAGCACAGACACAGAGAAAGAGAGACGUGUUCCCAAAUCUCACGAGUGUCUCAAACAAAGUUUAUUUUUUCCCCCUGAUUUAUCUGUGUGGAAAAAUGUCACCUAUGAAAAAUGCGUCCAAUAUUUACUUCGUUGACUAUGAGGUGCUCACAUUCAUUCAUCCCAUUAGAGGCGAUAGACUGAAGACCUGCUGCGGGUCUCCUAAAGUGGAGCGGCAGUGGGUAAACCCAUGUGACACAGAUACAGAAAGUGGCUCUUCAGUGAGGUGUCUUGGCUUCUUUUAUUUUUUCUUUUUUUUUUUUACCCAUCUCUGGUCAGACACACACUGUGCAGCACAGCCACAGCCAGCUGGCCCCGGGCUUGGCUUGCACUCAAUCAGAAAGCAUCGUUGCAAAUGCAAUAUAUUUGACAUGCUUUGCAGUAACAUUAACUUUAUAACAUUUAACUUCUAUAUUAACAUUAUCCAGUGUUGCAUACUGUUGUGUUGACACUGAGGGGAAGUGGACAGAGAAGACAUACAGGAGAGAGCAUGAAUGUCACAUCCUUUGGAUUUUCCCUUAUUGGCAGCCAAGAAAGUUGUGGAAAGAAGUUGCCAUAAAUUGGCAAUAAAAAGUGAUUAAUACAUUAAAUUAACACUGCUUCAGAAUCUUACGUAUGGCACCUUUUUAAUUAUUGGCUGACAUAUAGGCAGAUAAUAAUAGAUCUGUGAUAAGCUAAUAUCAGCCAAUUUAUUGGUUGGGCUCUAAGUGUUGAGGUGGAUUUCUUUAGUUGUUUGGAAAAAAAAAAGAUUUCAUACAUCAUCUUAAGGAAUAACAGUCUAAUUGUGAGGCAGCUCUUUCGAUCGACACACUGUGUGAAAGUUGAUUUAUAACAGGCUGUUAGAAGAAACGAAAGAGGUGGCUGCAGGGAAGGAAUUAGCAAGUAAUCGAGACUUGGCUCUGAGUAGAUAUAAUUGAUUUUAAUUGAGACCCCUAAAUAAUAAUGACUGUACUCUGACACACUUGUGUUAUAAUGGCUAUCUGGGUGUAACUACUUUAAACAAACACACACACACACACACACACACACACACACACACACAUCACCUUUAUCAGAUUCCUACUACUGAGACGAUUCUUCUUAAUAUCUUGAGAAACCAUGAUGUCUUGGAGCUGAAGAGUGACGUGUGCCUUUUUAAAAAGUUGUUUUGUAUUCGGUUCAUUGUUUUUUUUUUUUGGUGGGUUGGUUUAUUUGUGUGUUUUAUUUUGAGUUAAAAAGCUACUGCAUAUUGAUAUAUUAAAUAAUUAUAUCUCAUGAAUGUGUCACUAUUAUGUUAACGCUUUACCAAACAUUUAGUUACAGUAUAUCAACACUUAGCCAUCAGGUGCUUUUCACUAGAUGGUUGAUCAGGAUCAGACAAUAAAUGUUAUUGUACAUAAUGCUGUUGACAUGUUUCACCGUUGUUGUACAUACAGAACCAAUUAUUUUUCUAAGAUACUGUAAAACUUGAACACUCCUCAGAGAAAAAGACAUUGAAUGGUUAAAAGAUCAUGAGGUAUUGCAGUGUUUUAUUGGAAUUGUGGUAAUAAAAACCAGUGCUUACCUUGGGUUUUUAAAUUGCGGUGUGUGUUGGAAAUCAUCAUCGGCCCCACAAAACCAAUUCUUAGACUACCUAAAGGACCUUAGGCGAGCAUACAUACUGUAAGGGAGCAACUAAUGGUGAAAUGCUAUCAAUGCUGCUUGAAUAUUGAAUCCUUGCCAAGUGCCUACUUGGCAUUCAGACUAAAAUUCAAUCACCUCACCUCUAUAUGUUACACACACAUUUAUUGUUUUUCAUUAUCUUAAAGUGCAUGUUAUUAAAAUAGGAAUGUAACGUUUCAAUGUACUGGUUCCAAGGUGAUGGUAUCUGUUUGUACAUUUUGCCUUUUUUUUUUUUUUCCAGAAAAAAAAAAACAACUUUGGCUGAACAUAGAUUUAUCAUUACUUUCAGUGUCAAGCAACUGAUGAAAAUGUGAACACUAGCACAUCACACCAAUACAUCAGUUGUUUAAUAAACCUUGUUCUUGAA